AUCAAACGAAGAAGAAGAAGAAUUAGCCGCCGAAGAAGAAGAAGUUCAGCUACAUGCUGUCAACUAGCAUGGAAUUGGCGCUAAAAUGAAUUUUUAUUCGCAGAAACUGUCGAACUGAGCCCGUGUUGGACUUCUGAGGGACCGGUUCGCUGCUCCGCGGUUCGUCGGUCCGAGGAUGAAGGUGAAGAUCCGGCAGUGGAACGGGGUGGCCUCCUGGCUCUGGGUGGCCAACGACGAGAACUGCGGCAUCUGCAGGAUGCCCUUCAACGGCUGCUGCCCGGACUGUAAAGUGCCUGGAGACGACUGCCCGCUGGUCUGGGGUCAGUGCUCCCACUGCUUCCACAUGCACUGCAUCCUGAAGUGGCUGAACUCGCAGCAGGUGCAGCAGCAGUGUCCAAUGUGCCGCCAGGAGUGGAAGUUCAAAGAGUGACCCCGUGGAGGCUCUGAGCUUUGUUCAUAUCAGCUGUAAAUAAUAUGUUUUGUACUUCUACACACUUUGAAUAUGUUGUACUCUGUUGAUUACAUGUGGUUAAUAAAAACAGAAGACAUCCGGUGCUCUGUU